UCGUCAGCCUCCGCGUCGUCGCGACGCUCCUCUCUCUAUCUCUCUUUCUUUCUCUUUCUCGUUCCUCUCGGCUCUCUCGGUGGCGUCCGUAGCAUCGCGACGCGUUCCGUCGAUUAUUCCAUCGAAAGGGAGACGCCGUUAUUAAUUUCCCUACGAUAAAUACAAGCCACACGAACUUGAUCAUUGAAAACGAUCGCAAUAUAAGCGGAUAUAUAACAAAUAAUAAUAAAACAAGUAUUCAUCGCUAUUAUUCGAAAGUGUUUCCUUCGAUCCACACGCAACCAGAAAAGGUAUUGAUAAUCAUAAUGUUAAUUUUAAAAAAUAUAAAAAUCUCUUAUAUUUUGCACUUUGUAUAAUCUUUUUUUUAUCAUGGAAAAGUUUAUCAAGAAUACAUGAAAAGUCUUUAAUGGUAUAUGAUAAAUAUCGGGAUACUUGAAAAUUUGAAAUAAUAAAUUUUUAUUUGCGAUUAAAUUAUGUUUUAAAAAGAUUAUUUUGCACGAGAAAAAGUUUUUAGAAAAUUACAGCUUUGAGAAAACACUGUGUAAGUUAUAAUAUUCACAGAAGAUUGGAAGAACUGUCCACUCAUAAAAAAUUUCUUUCUUCUUUCUUACUUUUCGUUACAUAUUUUAUAUUGAAGGAAAUGCAAUUCACAAUUUAUUACACCGGCAUAAAAAAACUCUUUGUCUUAAACAAAAAGAGAAAGAGGAGAACGCGAGAUUGAAUGAUGGUAGUACAUGCAUUUCCUAUAGAGGAGUUAUUAGAGGCGAUGGGGCGCCUUUUUUGUGUCAGAAGGGUGAAAAGGGAAGCCAAAUCGUGAAGUUUUACUAGACGUGAUCCAUCUUGGUGUUCCGAUGAAGUGAUCUAUCGAUUCUUGUCGUGGAACAUAUCAAUCCCUCAAGAUUCUUCGUCUCCAAAAGUCACGCACGAGCGUUUUUUCACCCUUUGCUUUCCGGAGCGUGGCGCACUCACUCAAGCCUUAUCGACACUCGUGGAUUUACUACUGCCGAAAGCUCUUCGAGUCGUCCGCAUCCCUAUAUACGCGGUGGAUGCAAGCUGCGAUGCAUCGCGCGGUAAGGGUGCAUUACCAGAGGUCGAAGUCACGCAUCGUUUUUCAGAUGCGCAUGGACGACUCGUGAGUCACGAUUGGUCUUUCGAGUGCGUCAUCAGACGCGCUCAAACGCUCGCAAUCGUGCAGAUCCUCCACGCUCUCGACGAUGAAGAAGCAGUGCUUAAAAAAACUGGUUGGCCAUCAGCGAGACAGGUUCUCGAAAACUCGCGAUCGACAGGGAUGAAAGGUUAUUCAGAAACGUACAAAGUACGUGUGCCUCGAGCGAGACACGGGUGUCUCGUCUGGAGAUUCAGCACCGUAGACACGUGGGGAAAUAAGCGGUUAACCGAUGACAAUGGAACACAAACAGACAAUCUUGCUGGCACCAUCACUGAGCAACAGCAGCUGUUGGAGAGGCGGCACGUCCGAAGCUGCCUGGACAGGUCCAGGUCCAGGAGAACUGAUACGAGCUACACUAAUAUUGCUGCUAAGUCUUGGCAUUCUGUGCGCCAAUCUUCUGGUGAUAUGCGUUAUCAAUAACAGACGAUAUAGCAAGUACAUACAUGCUCAACCGCAUGGUUAUCAUCAUUUAUUAACAAUACUCGAUAAACGAGAGGAAGUACCUGAUCCAGGCAACACCACAAUUAUUUUAUCUGAAAAGACUGAGAGAACGACACCCAAAGAAUCUCGUUUGUUCUUUCGGAAACUUUUACUGUUCCAGGCACUUCUUAGGGGCGCUUUAACUCAACAGAGCGCUGUUAUCCUCGUCUGUAUGGCAAUCGACCGUUACGUUUGCAUGCUACACCCUCAUCGCUAUCAUAAGCACUCUUCUAAAAGGUAUUACAUGCGGCAGGGUUGCGUGGCGGUGAUGUCGACCACCUGGAUAGCGAGCGUGGCGAUCUUUGGGGUUCUCGUGCUCCCCAGAGGCGGUUACUACUUCAAUGGGUCUGGCCUUCUUGCCUGCGAUCCCUUCUUCGCUAGGGCAUCCUUUAGGAUCCUGGCGUGUUGCUGUUUUUAUUUUCCAACGACGAUGGUGCUGAUGUACUGCUACGGGUCGGCCUUCCACGUUAACAAACUACGCUUGAAAAGAGUAGUCUGCGUCAACACGCCGGAAGUCGUUAACGGCGGCCAUAUAGAGAGGCUUGUUGCCCACGAGAGACGAUUGUCGACUUCGGCCUCGCGAACAAUGGCCGCGAUGAGUUUAGGUUUCAUCGUCAUGGUCACACCGUGGACAAUUCAGGAAGUCGUUGUAGCCUGCACCGGAAGCAAGCCACCACCGUUCCUCGACUUCUUGGCCACGUGGCUGGCUCUCUCCAACAGCUUUUGGAAUCCUUUCCUCUACUGGCUGCUCAACAAUCAUUUCCGCCGAAUUUCGCGGGAGCUUCUUUACACUAAGAUUCUGUGCAGAUCUAAGCCAUUAGGAACGAAGCAACAUUGCUGCGCGACCAGCACCGGUGGCUUGGAUGUUUGCAGCAUCGCCGGUGUCGAUCUAUCAGGUUUGGAGCGUUGCUCGAUGGAACGAUGCUCAAUGGCGCGUUGUUCCUCGUUAUCAUUAGCGAAUACGCCGCCACCACUCCCUUGGGAGACCGGACACAUGGCACAUGGCGACGUAGCAUCCACGUGAGCCAAAGAUGCCGCCACGCAGACGGAGGAUUACGGAUCUCCGGACGACGCCAGUUAGUACAGCGUGGCGGCAAGCCGGCAACCGACUAUGCUCCAACAGUUAUGGGCACAAUAUCAGUCGUCUGCAUCUCUACAUACGCGGGACAACGCUGCACCCUCGCUGUCACGAGGGAGAUUUUCGCGCGUUACGACGAUCGGGCUGGGCCAAUAUCAUCGAUACGGUCGACGGCAUCAUUUCGAGUACGCGCGCUUCAGGAGCCUGCCAGAUCUCGUUCGAGAUCUAGAAUCGGUAAAACACUAAUUGCGAAUCAUAUUAUCGAAUCAGGGUACUAUUGCGCCGUUGUCGCGUCGCGAUUCGCAUAAGAAGGCUUGAUCUCACCGCGCUCUCAUCAGCUCGUAAUAAUCGCGAAUUUCACGCUCCGAAACGAGAGCAUACGUGAAGCGUGUGUCGACACACAGCGAUUAGUUUUCGUCGCGCGACAAGAUCGAUUACGGAAAUUAAUUACGGCACCGACGGGGAUACUAAUCGCGCUGCUUUCGACGAUGUACAUGGAGAUGUUUAAUCACGGCGGAGCGCUCUGCGAGUGUUAACGUCAUCCGCGCCCGCAUUUACCUCGUUCUCCGCGAUUAAUUAUUAACGCGUGAGUGUUCAUACUACAAACGGUGCGCUCAGGCGUAUAAUUGAUCUUCCUUCUACGACUAACUUUUUUUUUUACGAUUUUUCAGAAUAUAAAAUGAUUGUUUGAAAGUACAGAUCCUAAAUCCACAGUACUUCUCUCAGCAGUUCUUGAUUAAUUUAGAACUGUAUCUUUCUGAAAGAAAUUUUAUUUUAUUUUGAACAUCUUAUAAUGCAACAGGCCUGGCGAUACAGUCACGGAUUAUAAAUGACGUAAAAUCGCGUGUCGAAUAUAUAAAAUAAAAUUCAUGGAAAAGGAAGAUAUAUUUUAACAUCUAAUUGUUUGCUCAAGAGCUCAUUGGUAUACGACCAAUAAUUCCUUACAUCCACGUCAUAGACAUUGUUAAUAUAUAUACUUCAUGAAAAAAGUCCGACAAAGAAAUGCAUGAAAAGAGUGCAAAUAUCCGAAAUCACUCUUUUAAUAUCGCGGAGUUUUAUACUAUAAACGAACAAAGAGAAUGCGCACACGAUAAUGACAAUGUUCCUGCAUUUUCAUUAAAAAUAUAUUUAAUUCAAUGUUCUUACGCUUUCUGUAGAAAAUCUUGUAUCGCAACUAGGAACAAGUUAUCCCAGGAAGUUUGUUCCAAUGAUGGUAUUAUAAGGCGAUUUAAUUACAUUACUUUUGUUUAGCAUAAUGGAGAUGAGACAAUAUGGAAAGUCUGGUAAUUUUAAUUAUGACAAACCUGAAUUAAUUAUGAUAUGGCUUUCUACGCAUUUGAAUGGAAAAUACAAGCCCAUGGGCUUUUGUUCGGAUUAUUGAAAAAUAUAUGAAAAAUAUUAGCUGAUGCAAAAGGUUUGCAAAAAAAUUUGCAUAAAGUUUUUCUCAAUUUCUUUUUAAAUUUUAUAUUAAAUAAAAUAAAAAAUUCGGAGCUUUCUAAAAAGAAAAUCAUUGAAGAAUUUCUUUUGAUAUAAAAAAAGUAUAUUAAAGCAAGUGACAACAGUUUUUAAACUUUGAUUCUGUAAUAGUUUCAUUUUUAACUUUGACAGAUGUGAUAAUCCUUUUGCACCAGCGUAAUACAAUUGUAGAAUUAAGAAAUUUUUAAGUACGAAAAUAUAUAGAAGACUAGUAUAAAACUACAUUUAUCGAAAGAUUAAUCGGAAUAUCCAAGAAACGGCAAUAGUAUCUCUGCUUUAAACGAGAAAUACGGAAUCAAUGCCGUACAUGUUUUAGCGUUAUGCGUUAGCGGAAUAUAAUCUUCUUGUAUAUAAGAAGAAAUUAUCUUCCACUGACAUUAGGGGGAAGUAGGCUUUUUGUCCAAAAAAAGAAAGCGUCGAAACGAUAAAAAGUGGAACUUCUGACGAAACCAACUGACGCCGCCAUACACAUCAUUUUUCUGAGUAAAAUCCGAUUUCUCUGUUUUUAUAUUUUAAUAUGUGUAAAAUAUAAUUAAACUUUCAAUUUAUAAUUAAAAAUGCUACGCACAUCUCUGAUGCGAGACAAUUCAUACUUGUAUAAAAAGUGAUAUACUUUAUUACUAAAAUUCUCUAUUUUAAAAUUCUCUAUUAUAAAUUAGCUUUUUUCUUUAGAAAUCUUGUUGUUUUUUUUUUUUGCUUUUUAUUCGCCAUUUAAAUAAUAUAUUUGUGCCUCCAUAUCUCAGAAAUACGUAUGACAUUUGCAUAAAUAAAUUUAUUUUAUAUAUUUUACGAUGUUAAGUCUUUUUUUAGAUACUGUAAAUAUUAUGUACAAUUUUAAUUUUUGUUACAUAUUCAAAUAUUCUCUAAUAAUAUGUGAAUCUCUAUGCUAGCUAUGAUAAAUAGGACAAAUUUUUCAUAAACUUAUGUGUUAAAUUUUGCGAUACAUUUCUCGAUAAAACGAAAAUAGAUGCUGUUACUAAGUACUUAUAUGUUCGCGUAUCUUUGAAAUAAUAAAAUCCGUCUACUUUAUUCGUUUAAAUUAAUAUGUAGCGGCCUGGUGGUUCAUUAUUUAUUUUCAAACUGUUGAUAAUUAGGAACACCGUGUGCCUCAGCACGGCAACACGGGACUCUUUGAAGUAUUUGCUUUGAGAGUUUUAUCCCACCUUGUUCAAGAUCUCAAUAAGAGGUUUCUUAUUAAGAGUAUUUUCUAUGUGUAUGAGAUAUUUCUUUGCGUAUGAGAAAAAAAUGAUUGAAACAUCUAAUUGAUUAAGAAUACAUACACAUACAUGAGCAAUUGAAGAAAGCGCAAGCGAUAAUAUACUCUUUAAAUGUGUCAAAAAAGAAUCAUGUUACCUCGUGAAUGAUAUAAUUAUAAAAAUAUAACAAAUAACAAAAAUCAAUAAUCUUGUAAAAAAAAAAGUAUUCAUCUAAAGGAUUAUAACUCGGGAAUACUUAAAUUUAUUCCAAGUUCUUCCAUAACUUUUUAACGGUAUAGAAAAUAAAUAUUUCCUCGCUCACGCGUUUAUAAGUCUUUUCCUCGCUCUUAUUGUGUUUAUUUUAUAUUACAUAUGCGAAACACUAAUGCAGGAAAUUCGAAUUGUGUGCCGAAUUAAAUGAGAGAAAUUAGUUGUAUCGCGGUAAUUAUGUCUCACAUAAAGUUUUACAAGCUGUAUUCUACGAUAUUCUUAAAAACAGAAACAAAAUUCUUUUUUUCGUAUUUUAGAACAUGCUGGAUUUCUUUGUGAAUAUUUUAAUGCGUCGAGAAAAAGAGAUUUCUAACGCAACUGUACAUACAUAUAUUUUCGAGAUGUAUCGUAUUAUUAAAAUCGCACAAAUUGUCUUUGCGAUGUCGAGAAUCGUCACUGGAAUCUCUUAACGUGAUAAAACUCAAAUGCAAGCUUAGCAAUAGCGUUACAAAACGAUAUAAAAAAAUUAGGAAGAAGCAUUAUCUCGCUCUUCUAGGCAUAGCAAGCCGAUGCGAAGGCUCGAUCUGAAAGGACAGUAAAAUUAAAACACUGCCUGCAAAUAAUUCACCAUCGAUACAAGACGGUUCAUUGUCCGCGAUGAUGUCACGAUUCACGUUAGUUUGUAUCGAAUCGAAUGCGAAUUGUAUUUGUAUUUAAUAAUUCGAUAUAUAGCGCGAUUACGCAUAUAUAGAUAGAAUUUUAAAGUAAGAAUAUUAGUCGAAAGCAAAAUGAUGAUUAGUUAGAUAUUAUUGAAUAAUCUCACGAGACUUUUAAUAAUCACACCACCGAACGAAUGCCUUAAUCGCGCGGGGAAUCUUUUAUAAAUCGGCAGCAUAGACUGAAAAGGAGAAGCAAAUAUUGUACAUACUCUGCAAAAGAUAGCUAGUGUCAAUCGGUUUAAUUUGGUUAUUUCUUGCAGAGUAAAUAGGAAUUGAACGUCAUAAUUUAUUUAUACAAGUACAAUAGUUGCGCGUUUUGUAUUGGUAUUUAAAUUAUCAUUAGACCGUUUACUAUUGCUAUUGUAGAUCAUCGCAAAAUAAAGUCUCAAUUCUUUUUAGAGAUGCGUUAAAUUAUUGUCCUGUAAAUAAUUUAUUGGAGAAUAGGGACAUGAUAUAUUACCCUAUAAUAAAUCUUAAUUACCAACUUAGCAAUAAUAAUAAUUAUUUAAAAAGAUGUUUUCACAGGACAGUAAUUAUGAUAAAUUCUUCAGCGUGUAAAAAAAACAGACGUGCAGGAACAUGAGUAUAAUAUAUGUACAUGAAUGUAAAUCGCACACAAAGCGAUAUUAGCCGUACGUAUAUUUGCAAUAAAAAUCUACUUAUCUGCUAUGUAUUGUUUUCUAUAAUAAUAAAAAGAUUGUUAACAGUAA